UUCAUUUCCAGACAACACGAGCAGAUUUUGGUGUGGAGGAUGAGCUCAGGAAAUGGCGCCAGGAGGAAAGUCAACAAGCAGCAGCACUUCAACGACAUGCUGGCAUCUGACCCUGAAAUACAGGCAGAGAUACAAGGGUUUUUUAACAAAGGUAGAGCUUAUGUAAAGCCAUCCAACGGAGAGUGGAGCAUCCCCAAUCCAAAUCUCACUCUCAGUCACAGAGGGGAGGAGCACCAGCGUCUGCAGGAGUUGAAGGCAUCCCUAAACGCUGUGAAGAACCAGCUAAGUGAUAAGGAUGUACAGGUGUGGCAUCAACACACCAGCGCAACCAAUUGGGCCGGGAAAGUUAUUGGUGCCGUGCGCUCUGCUGCCAAUGCAGAGAUUUGCACUCAGGCCUGGUGUAAGUUUUACGAGAUCCUGGGGACCUUUCCUCUUCUUCCAAAGGAGGCUCUUCAGGUUGGAGAGCUGAAUACAGUUCACCUGUGUGAAGCUCCAGGCGCUUUCAUAGCGGCUCUGAACCACUACAUCAAAACCAAUGAGUCGACACGAUACUGUGACUGGUGCUGGGCCGCAAACACUCUCAACCCCUACCAUGAGGCUAACGGGAGGGGCACAACCAUCGCAGAUGACCGGCUUAUCGCUAACACACUGCCCUGGUGGUUCUUUGGCUCAGACAACACAGGCAACAUCAUGACCCAGAAACACUUGUUGGAUCUGCAGGUGUUUGUGUCAAACAUGUGUAGAGUUGAUUUGGUGACUGCAGAUGGAAGUUUUGACUGUCAGGAAAAUCCUGACGAGCAGGAGGCGCUGGUUGCAUCCCUCCAUUACUGUGAGGUCGCAGCAGCACUGUUUCUCCUGAGUGCCGGUGGUUCCUUUGUACUGAAGAUGUUUACCCUGUAUGAGCACUCCUCCGUCUGCUUACUGUACCUGCUGAACUGCUGUUUCCACUCGGUCACCGUCUUCAAACCUGCCACCAGCAAGGCAGGAAACUCUGAAGUUUACGUUGUCUGUCUGAACUAUGAAAGCAAGGAGGCCGUCAGGCCUCUGCUCUCAAAACUGAUUCGUAAUUAUGGGCCACAUUUGGCGGACAGAGAGGCCCUUUUCCCCAAUUCCCUUAUCCCAGAAUCGUUUCUGAGGGAGCAUGAAGAGGUGUGCUCGUACUUCCACACGCUGCAGGUGGAGACGAUCACAGAAAAUCUGGAGCUGUUUGAAAAAGUGACUGCAGAACAGAGGCAGCGACUCGACCACAUAAGAGUCUGUGUAGUUCAGGAAUACCUGCAACGCUUCCAGGUGACUUUUCUUCCAAAAAGUCGGUGGGUUUCUCAUAACACAGUGAUUCCAGCCUGCUCGGCGGGCCGACUUCUGGGACAGAAGAAGCUAACGGGCUCCUUCAAUGAGCGGAGAGAGUUGCAGACCCUGAGCUGGAGGGAGCGUAUUGAAAGGAGCUGCCACGCUACAUGGAUACAGAGACACAGCACUGAGGACAGAGGGACAGGCAGCAUGCUGGAAGGACCUCUGUCCAGCUGUCAAAUGGAUUCGUGGUAUGUUAUAAUUGGACCUGCACUGCCUGCAGUCAGAAACUCUCCGUUCUGUGAAGGAGGACUGUUAAAUCAAUUAAAUGAAGCCCUGAUGGACACAGCAGUAGACUGGACCCGUGUGCCCUCCUGUGACUCUUGCCACGUUGCUUGUGCAGCCACCAUCCUGUCUGAAGUUGCGGUUCUCUGCCCCAUCAAAGCUGACACUGUUGGGAGCAACAAGAAGAAACACUGCCUGGUGUUUGGCAGCCGCUCAGUGUGGGGUGCAUGCGAAAGCCAAGUUGAUGAUUUAGUUGUAUCAGUUCGUGCUGAGCCUUCAUUUCCUCACAGAGGGUGCGGCUCGCUGCAUGAUGGGGAGCCGCUGUACCAGCAGCAGCUUUUGGACUGUGUCAUGUUUUCCCUGCAGACCUUGAGCUCUGGGGAUGCCCUGCUGCUGCCUGUGUUUUCUGCUCUCACACGUGUCACUGCAGCUUUUGUACUCUGCCUGCACUUAUGUUUUCGUUCAGUCACGUACAGGUCUCCCCCCUCAUCCAAUGUGGUUGGAAUGGUGCUUGUGUGUGUUGGUUUCUGCCCAGACGCUGGUGCCCGCCUGCUCCCGUUUCUGACGGAGGUGCGGGCCGGUAUGAGUCAGUUCUUACGGCAAGAGGAGGGUGCAGGUAAAAAUCCGCCUUGUGAAGGCGACGGCCAGGUGCUGCAGUUUGUUCCAAUGGAUGGGCUGCUCACUGGAGGACUGACCGAGUUCUUGUGGCACUUGAACUCUGAAAUCAUCCAACGCAAGCUGCAUCUGCUCAUGCAAUCACAAUAAUGUAUAGUGAUCCGUCACUCUGGGGUAAAUACUGUUACUUCAGAAAAGGUCUAAUCAUGUUGGAGACUGUUAGCUGUUCCUGAAGCAGCAGACCUAAUCAGUUAUUUUUGCAUACUGGUAUUAAGACAUACUGCCAUAUAACACUGUCUGGCUCUCAGAAGAUGUUUUUUUAGGGGGAUGCACACAUGACAAGAUGAGGAAGUUUUUUUUUUCUUUCUUGAAAGCAAAAGUCUAUUUACUGACAGCUCAAGUUGGCCUUAACCCAAACCAAUGCUCAUUCCCAGAAGACAUUUAUCAUAUUUCAUUGACACUGUUUAUUAACACGAAAGGCUUUUUGCAACUGAUGACAGUUUUGUAAUGAUAUAGUUUAGGUUAUUACAGUGUAUAUUACCUGGAAAACAUGAAUUUUUAGUACCAAAUACUAAAGAGAGAUAGUUGAUCUAGAAACGUUUCGAUUUCUAUUGAAUUUUUAUUAAAGAAGUUCCUUAUUUUUGUUUUGUAAUUUAUUUUUUUCUUUAAUUGUGCCUGUUGUGGAUUGUCAUGGAUCUUUUGAACUUGAAUCACUGACACCAAUUAAUUCCUCUGUUUUGUGCACACUUUUUCUUAAAAUAGAAGAAAAUACUGAGUGCAUCAGGAUUUUUUUUCCAACAAGGCCUCUUGAAAAAUCAAGAGCAUCACAUUGGCUGCCAAUGAGAUGCCGGAAAAAGACAUGUAUACUCUUUAUUGUAGAUUUUUUUUCUCUGUAUUUAUUUUCUUAAAUAAAAAGUGCACUGACAAAGGCCGGGUUUCCCAGAUCAGUUAAGUAGUUCUUAACAGCGAAAGACUUCUUUCAAACCUUCUUAAGGAGCCUGUGAAAGAAAAUCGCGUUUCCCAGAGUCGCUCUUAGCUUAAGUAUCUCUUUCAUUAAGAAGGAAAUGAAAGAUGCUGCUGACCCAGUCUUUACAACCAUCUUAGUGAACAAAGACUCACAGAUCCAGCCGCGUCAGGCAAAACAAUAUUACACCAAGCAAUGAGAUAUUAAAACAAUGCACCCCGCACAAGUUUUGAUCUAUUUUAUACUUUAGAUUUAUAUUGUUUAGCAUUUAUUGGUGACAGCAAAGGAGGGAAAAAAAAGAAAAAUAAGGAAUAACAAGUGUGUUCCUGUAUAUGCUUUAUGCAUUACGCACAAAUAAAACGAUCAUCAUGAAUAUCAUUUAUUUGAUGAUUUGGCUGCUAUACAGCAUGUUCUCGCUGCAAAUCAACCGCGUCACCGUGCGCGAAGCAGAACUGUUUUUAUGAACGCAUUCGUGCGUCAGCACUUCAAUCCCCUGGAUGUGCUGUCGGACCGCGCUUGUCCAGGCAGCCGGGACACCGAUCCUCCUGCGCCGUGUCCGAGCGCAUCUAUGUGAUGACAGGGAAGCAGCAGCUGAUCAACGGGAUCCUUUGAUGAAUCGUUCAUUACAGUCUCAAAUAUAAUCAAUGGUGUCGGUUUAUAUUAAAGAAUCUUUUUGCCCAGAAGAAAAAAGAGCGAAGACAACGACCCAUAACUAUUUUCUUCUCUUGAAAAAACCCACCUGCGGGAUGCAGCAGCAUCAGAAGAGCAGGAAUACGUGCGUGGCGGGGAUGAUCUCUGCAAUCUGAAGCCCUCUAUAAUUGUAAAAAGAAUUUCACUUAUCACGGGUUCUUUUUGGAACAUAACCCCUGCGAAAAACCAGGGAUUGCUGUAAUUCCACGUUGCGAUUUGCGAAACUCGCCUUCUCUUGGCUCAUGUUUUUGAACGCACACACACGCCCACCACGUUUCCUCCCGGUUUCUGCGUGUGGGGAAAAAAGCCUCACUGUAGCCAGAAAUAACGGAGUAACGCACCGUUUGGAUGAAAAAGGGUCAUUGAAUUAUAUUUAUCAUCUUAAUUUUUUAUUAUAACGCACAGGCAGCAGUGAAUUAGUGCGUUAGGCAGCAGUGCUGUGUGUGAAAAUGCGCUGAUAGUGAUCGGUGAUCGAUUUGCCUGGCAUCGAUUCAUUUGGUUUCAGAACCGGACAGCUGCUCCAAAGAGCGUCUGAAAGAGCGAAACUAAAGAACGGUGUUAAGAAGUCAUCUGGGAAACACCCGUAUCUUAGGGUUCUCUCUUAGUUCAAACCUUCUUUGAACCUCUCUUAAAUCCUUAAGAGAGGUUGGAU